AAGCUUAGUUUCAACACAUAAAAUCAAAUCAUAAUCAUAAUCAUGGACACAGUCACAAGCAUGGUUGGUGAAAAGCCAGUGGUGAUAUUCAGCAAGAGCACAUGUUGCUUGAGCCACUCAGUGACAUCACUGAUACGUAGCUUUGGAGCUAACCCAAUUGUUUAUGAGCUUGAUAAAAUCACAAAUGGGUCACAGAUUGAGAGUGAGUUGCUUCAAAUGGGGUGCAAACCAAGUGUACCUGCUGUUUUCAUAGGACAACAAUUCAGAGGUGGUUCCAAAAAAAUCAUGAGCCUUCAUGUGAGGAAUCAAUUAGUUCCUAUGUUGAAGGAUGCUGGUGCUAUAUGGAUUUGAGACAGAGCCAUGAACUAAUAUAUAUUAUAUAGUUACAUUAAUAUUUCAGAGAUCAUGAAUAAGAUGACUUCAUAUAUAGUCAUUGCUCUGUUAGUUAAUUGACAUAAUUUUGUAGUCGUCAUGUUUAGCUUAGUUAUAUGAUGUUAUACUAUACUAUACGGCCUAUAAAUUAAACUUUUAUGGUUUUGUGUUUCUUUU